AUGCAGAGGGACACCGGCGCCGGCGACCGGACGCCGGGCACCCCGAGCCCGACGCACGGUGGCCGCCUUAGGCACCGGAAGCGCUCCAACGAGGUUCCCAGCGACGUGAACACGACUAAUGGCGCCAACCUGCUCUUGAACGAUCAGAACAAGUACAAGUCGAUGCUAGUUCGUACCUACUCCUCGCUGUGGAUGAUGGCCGGGGUUGUGUUCUUGAUAUAUAUGGGGCAUCUCUACAUCUGGGCCAUGGUGGUGGUCGUCCAAAUCUUCAUGGCCAAGGAGCUCUUCAACCUUCUCCGGAAGGCCAAUGAAGACCGGCAGCUCCCAGGGUUCAGGAUGCUCAACUGGCAUUUUUUCUUUACUGCGAUGUUGUUUACCUAUGGCCGCUUCCUUAGCCGUCAACUUGUUAACACGGUGACUUCAGAUAAGUUGUUGUACAAGCUGGUGAGCAGGCUCAUCAAGUACCAGAUGUUUAUUUGCUACUUUCUCUACAUAGCAGGUUUUGUUUGGUUUAUUAUCACACUAAAGAAAAAGGCAUACAAGUACCAGUUCAGUCAAUAUGCAUGGACUCACAUGAUCCUUCUCAUGGUAUUUGCCCAGUCAUCUUUCACUGUGGCAAACAUUUUUGAUGGAAUAUUCUGGUUCCUCCUCCCAGCUUCGUUAAUUGCUAUCAAUGAUGUUGCUGCAUAUUUCUUUGGAUUCUUCUUUGGGAAAACACCACUGAUCAAGCUCUCUCCAAAGAAAACAUGGGAAGGAUUUAUAGGUGCAUCAGUGACAACAUUGCUUUCUGCAUUUGUGCUUGCUAAUUUCAUGGGCCAUUUCCAGUGGUUGACAUGCCCAAGAAAGGAUUUAUCAACUGGAUGGCUUCAUUGUGACCCAGGUCCUAUGUUUACACCAGAAAGUUACGAUCUACCAGGAUGGAUGCCACAAUGGUUUCCAUGGAGAGAAAUUGCAGUUAUGCCUGUUCAAUGGCAUGCCUUAGCUCUUGGUUUGUUUGCUUCAAUAAUAGCACCCUUUGGUGGCUUUUUCGCAAGUGGCUUCAAGAGGGCAUUCAAAUUUAAGGAUUUUGGGGACAGCAUACCUGGUCAUGGUGGAUUUACAGAUAGGAUGGACUGCCAAAUGGUCAUGGCUGUCUUCGCGUACAUCUAUUACCAAUCAUUUGUGAUGGUACAGGACUUAUCUGUUGAGACUAUGCUAGAGCAGAUACUACGGAAUCUGACCUUUGAGGAGCAGCAUGAUCUCCCUAACACCCCUAAGAACGAAACAAAGAACCGCAACGCUGACAUGAAUUGCAUCGCUGAAUGA